AUGGAUAAGAACGUAGAUUACUUCAUCGAGCACCUCCCAUAUUUCGAUGGCCUUGACCUGGCGGCGCUUGCCCAGGCCCAGGCGCGCGCGGCGGCCGUAUAUGGCGGGCAGGUUGACGCGGUGAUGCAGAUUACCAAGGAAGAUAUGCAGAGGGCGUGGGACAACCCGGACAAGUACCACUCGCAGAUCGGCAACUUCUUCAACGGCUCAUCUUUCGCGUUCAACACAAACCGUCCUCCCUUCGACGAUGUUCGGAUGCGCAGGGCAGUUCACCUCGUGGUGGACAAGAUGACGCUGCAUGAACUGACGUUCCAAGACAAACGGGCGGCUCGCCGUACUCACGAUCCGGCGACGAGCUUGCGACGAUUCCGGGAUACCGCAUCUCCAACGGCAGAGGACAUCGCCGAGGCCAAGCGACUGCUGGCCGAAGCGGGAUAUCCUGACGGGGCCGGACUCAACGUAUCCUUCCUGCAGCGAGGCAACCAGCCCAAUGCGGCCGUCGCCGCCAUCCAGGACAUGAUCAGGAAGAACCUCAACGUCGAGAUGAAAAUCGAGCUUAGUGAUGAAGGCGGAUACUACGACCGGGUCCUGAACAAGGACUUCGACACGACCGGAACAUUCACAGCCGCCGAGAUAAUAGAUCCGGGUCCGUGGUUCACUCGAUUCCUAGCGGAUGGCGGUAGCUGGAAUUACGGUGGGUGGUCCGACCCAAGAACCAAUGCGUUGAUGAAGCAGAUCAACGAAGAGCAGGACGUAGAAAAGCGGGUUGAGCUGGUGCGCGAAAUGCAGCUCCUGCUGGACGAGACCGUGCCGAUCAUGCUUUACGGCUACGCCGGCGGUUACGACAUAUACCGUACCUACCUGGGUGGCCCGGGCAUGACCGACAUUUAUUACGGCGGAUACAAUUCGAUGCACCGCCGCUGGACGCAUAUAUGGUUCGAGCGAGACCGCGAGUAG